AUGGCAUCACACGUCUCGCAGAAGCUGGAGGAGAAGCUGGUGUGCUCUAUCUGCCUGGAGCUGUUCAGGGUGCCUGUUACCUUACCCUGCGGCCACAACUUCUGCAAACGCUGCAUCAGCGACCACUGGCGCAAAGAAGAGCAGGCGCCCGUCGGGGCAGAGACAGGCUACACAUGCCCCGAGUGCCGCAGUUUGCGGUGCCCGGAGCUGGAGAAGAAUGUCACCCUGUACAGCGUGGUGGAGCUGGCACGGGACGGCGAGGUGCAGGGCUGGGGCGCAGGGAGGUGCGAGGUGGUCCCCGGCGAGCUGUGCCCGCAGCACGGGCGCCCACUGGAGCUGUACUGCGAGGACGAGCGGCGCUCCUUGUCCUGCAGCCUCGAGAGGGCUCCCAGGGGCCAGACCUUUUUGCAAGAGUCCCUGGAGAAAGCCCAGGAGGAAUCAGAGAGGAUCGAGAAGGCAAUGCAGAAGCUGGAGGAACAAACGCACAGCAUCAAGAACUCCUCCGAGGAGCUCAAAUCUGGAAUUCAGAGCAAGUUCACCUACUUGAGGGAAGCUCUGGAGGAUUUCCAGUAUCGGACAGUAGCCAGGAUCGAGCAAGAGAAGGUGGCAGCACUGGGGCGUGUGGCGGAGAAAUGGAGCCUCUUGAAGGAGCGCCUGGAUGUCCUUGGCCAGCACCGGGAGAAGGCUGAGAGCCUGCUGGCCUGCCCCAACCACAGGACCUUCCUCCAGGAGUUCCCCCUGCUCCCACCUCUGGAGAGCUCAGAGGCGCUGGUCCCCGAGAAGUGUGAUGUGGCUGCUGUGAUCAAGCCCUUGGCUAAGAUCCUCACUGACAUCUCCAGGCUCCUGCUGGAGGACCUGCCUGGCUCUGUGGCUCCCAAGGCCUCCCAACCCAUUAGCCAAGGCCCAGUGCAUCCUGAGGAGCCAGCGGUGAAGGUCGUGGCCCCUGUCCCUGAUUGCCAGCUCCGAGCUGAGCUUCUGAAGGACCAUCGCAACCUGACCUUCGAUCCCGAGUCAGCCAACAAGUACCUGAAGCUGUUGAAAGGUGACCGGAAAGCCAAGCACAGCCUCAGCACUGUCUGCAGGCAGCAGGAGCAGGGACCUCGCUUCGAGCCCUGGCAGGUGCUGUGCACUCAGGUCUAUAGCUCUGGCCACCACUACUGGGAGGUGGAGAUCUCCAGCCACUCUGUCAUCCUGGGGGUGACCUACCACGGUCUCCCCAGGCAGCGGCAGCAGGGCCACACGUUCAACAUUGGGCUGGAUGGAGGCUCCUGGGGGCUGCAGGUGCGGGAGGAUUGCUAUCUGGCCUGGCACAAGGGCCAGGCAGAGAAAAUCCAGGAGCAGCUGUAUAAGAACCUGGGGGUCAGCCUGGAUUAUGGCAAGGGGCUUCUCUCCUUCUAUGGCCUCGGGGAGACAACACAGCUCAUCUAUUCCUUUCAUGAUGUCUUCACUGAGCCCCUCUAUCCUGUCUUUUGGCUGUGUGAGGGGCAAGCGGUGACGCUGUGCAGGAGGAACUGA